AAAAAAAAAAAAAAAAGCCAUGAUAAGUUUAUCGGCAACAAGAACGAAAUUAGUUUGAACUAAUGGAAUGAAGAAAUCACACGGUCGCGCGACUGCCUCAGGCCGGCAACCGCCCCAAAAAUAGCCCAGAAUGUCUCACAUGCGCCCAAAAGGGUUAGAACAACACCAAUCAAUCAAGUUGUUUCUUCGUUCCCGCUGUUCUUUUCUCAUCGUCCUUUUCACCAGACCUUCGAAUGUCUUUUGUCUAUUUGUAGUCACUUGUGAUUGCUGUGUUUUUUUUUCUUUUCAUUUCCCUCGUUUUUGUCCUCCCACUACAACACGUUGGGUUGUUACAAUCCCAGUCACUCGCUUUGUUUACUCGUUCAGGGUCCCCUCAUAUCAUAUCAUAUCAACCGAUCUGCAUGUUUCACCGGCCCACCGGUCUCGAAUAGGACUUUUACAACCCCCCCGUUGCCAUUUCUUUCCGCGCAGAACUAUUCGUCAGCAUUGCAUUGAACACGAUACACCUCGCUAGGUUCAUCCAUCCACCGUCGGUCAGCGUUCGUGACUUGGACACAAACGCUCGGAACUAGGGAGGACAUCGAUCCGACCGUCGACCUAAAUUUGAGAUAUCCAGGGGUCCAUCGAUCAUCCAUCUUGUGGUCCAAACUAGGCAGUGCAUCUUUCGGAUUAAGUCAAUAUGCGGUCCAUCGCUCUUCUUCCUAAACAACCUCUGCAGAGACUGCUGCUG